UGGAGUGAAGGCGCCUCCGUCCGCGCUAGUGCAGCUGAGAUCAGCGGGUAGAUGCGGGUACACUGAUCAUCACUGAUCCGCUCUCAUUUAGUUUAUUUAUCUAUUAACUGUUCUUUACUACUCAUCAUAUUCAUCACACCGGGAGGCUCUGCAACAUGGCUCCGUUUAACUUCAUCUCAAUCAGCGCCAAUAUUUUAGUCAAGUCCUGGAGUUUGUUCUCCACUGCAGCUACAGUGAGAUGUUCUUGUAUCGCUCCAGUAUUAAAGCACUUCAGUACUACAGCCGGAGGUCCUCCGAAGAGACCUUUAACUGCGUACAUGAGAUUCGUGAAGGAACAGCAGCCCAUCGUGGGUAAAGAGAAUCCAGAUGUCAAAGUCGUGGAAAUCGUGAGAAAGAUCGCUCAGCAUUGGAGAACGCUCACGCCCGAACAGAAGAGACCCUUCGAAGAAGCUUCGUUAGCAGCCAGGGAGCAGUACAAGGCCGAUCAGAAGACGUACCAAGCUCAGCUCACGCCGGCCCAGUCUGCAGCCAUCACGGAGGAGAAGAGACAAAAGAUGGCGAAAAGAAGAGCCAUCAGGAGGAAGAGGGAACUGACCAGUCUCGGGAAGCCCAAACGUCCCAGAACCGCCUUCAACAUUUUCAUGGCCGAGCACUUUGAAGAAGCCAAAGGCAUCACCAUGCAGGGCAAGAUGAAAUCGCUGAUGGACGACUGGAGAAGUUUUUCAGCGUCACAGAAACAAGUUUACGUCCAGCUAGCCGAGGACGACAAAGUGCGCUACAAGAACGAGAUCGAGACGUGGGAGGAGCACAUGACCGAACUGGGCAGGGAGGAUCUCGUCCGGCGGAAGGAGAAGAGCCGUAAGAAGAAGGCGGCGGCGACCAAAGGCGGCAAGAAGAAGAAGAACACCAGGGUGGUGAAGAGCAAAGCGGCGACGAAGAAGACGGCAGCAGGGGAGACGACGAAAGCGGUGGCGGGGGAGACGGCGAAAAAGACACAGAAGAGUCAAGAGAGCGGCAUGAAGAAAUAACGUGGGCUGUGUCCUCAAUGUGUUUGGGAAGGGCGUACGUUACCCUGGUGUAAAUAACGUGAAGUAUUUUGUACUGUGACGGAUCGGAGGCCAGUUCGGCGCGCAGUUCAUCCAGACUACUGCCGUUUUCGUUCGUCGUGAAGUUAGCUUAGCUUCCUAGAACUCGAGCGCUUGUGUAUUACGCAUAAACAUCCAGAGUCCAGUUUUGUAUCGUAUCUUUACUCGCUAAAUAAAUAUUAACACUGUAUAAAA